GAUCUGGACAUGGACACGUCGGCGGUGCAGGACGAGUUCGUGGCGGACCUCAAGCGGGUGAUGUGGGGCGUGGCCAGCAAGCACCUGCACGGUGACGACUUGUGCGAGGGCGCGGAUGCCACCGUCAUCGUUCGUAAGCAGCAGCACUACCGCUCCAACGGCCAGAUGGACAUGUACGCGCAGAGCAUCGUGGUCACGUCUGGUGGCCAAUGGCCGCGGGUCAGGCAAAGAGAUGCGGGCUACGAGCUGGAGUCUGUCACCUGCCCCCGCUGCGGCCACGAGGACGAGACUUUGUAUCACCGAAUUUGGACGUGUCCUGCGAACCGAGGGUGCAAGGAGUACGAUUCCACCAGCCACCUUGCGGCGCAGGCCACCGCCCAGCAUGAGAGCCAGCCGUCGCUGUGGCUCCGCGGCCUCCCCGCGCUGCGCCUCACGACGCCGCUGUACGACGAGGACUUCACGGAGUGGUCCUUCGAGGUUGGCGACUUCCGUAGGGCUCGAGGACACCAGGGAGCUGCCGAGAUUUCUGUUGUGUGGAUCCCGUCCCACAUGGACGAGCAGGCCCACCUGCUGGUCUCGCCUAGUGUGAUCUUCCGCGCCGCUGGAAAUGCCUGUGCUGAUGCCCUGGCGGGAGUUGCGGCCCAAGAGGCCCUCUCUCGGGGGCUCGUCGGCGACGCCCCGCACACUGAUGUGUGGGACACCAUCGCUGCGCAGGUUAGGACUCGUGCACGGAAGGCCCUGAUUGACACGCUCGAGGUUGACGCUUGGGAGGCCAGCAGGAUCGAGGAAGCGGCCGAGUCUUCAUGUACCCCCGUCCCUGCACCUAGGGUGGGCGGUGGGGUGGGCGUCCCGAGCAGUACUGUUGAGUGCAAUUCGUACUCGAUCCUUGGGAACCAAGUGGUCCACCCGUCUCAUGCGCUGUUUCUUUGGCAGGAGCACAUUCUGUUCUUUUGCAAUGUGUGCGGCUCGACGGCCACCCUGAAGCUGGUUGGGCUGGCCGUGCCGUGCCGCUGCCCCACCAAGAGGGGGCAGCAGAAUCUCACAAGGAUCAAGCAGGGUAAGGUCCCGAGCUAUGCAGGUCUGCCAAAGGGGGCCAAGGACGCCUCCCUGAUUGUCCAGUCAGGUGUAGGAGCGGCUCCUGAGGGCUCCAACGAGGGACCUCCCGAGAGUUCUGACGAGGGCUCCAAUGAGGGACCUCCUGAGUGCUCGUAG